AGAAAGAAAGAAAGAAAGAAAGAAAGAAAGAAAGCAAACUAGCUAGAUUCUGGCCAAUAGCCCCCACCUGAAGUAUGGGUGCCAGAGACUUUCUUCCAUCUGUGGAUACCUGUUCACUCCAUCGAGAGUUUCUUUUGCUAUCAGUGGCUUUUUAAUUUCAUGCAGUUCUAUCCUGGGGCUAUUUCCCGAGUCCCUGGAGUUCUGCUUAGAAAGCUCUUGACGAUAGCUAUAAUCUUGAAGUGUAUUUAUGUUUCCUCUAGCAAUUCCAGCAUUUCUGGGUUGUAAUUGUCUCUGAUCUACUCUGAAGUCACCUUUGCAUGGGAGGAAGGACCGCGGGUCUGACUGUAUUCUUUUGCAGACGGAUGCAGUUUCGCUAGAACCAUUUGUCUUUUCCCUGUUGCGCGCUUUUGACACCUUUGUCAAAAAUUAGGUGGCUACAGCUUUGCCAGUUUAUUUCCAGGUCCCCUGUUGUAUUAGUCUAGCACCUGUGGAAAUUAUAAUAUUAAACAAGGCGGCCCAACUCAGAAAGAUUAAAAGCUGGACAUCUUUUAAGUGUCAGGGUCUCAGGGUGGUUAAGGUCCAAAAAAAAAAAAUACUAGAAAAAGAGACCCAGAAAUAAUAAAAAGAGAUGCUAAGGAAAGUGGAAAAGAACACAAGGACACAUGGAUGUGAAAACAAGAAGAUGCUGGGAAGGCUGUGGGGUUUGGGUGGUUAGAGGGGGCAGAGAAGGGAGAAGAAUCUGCUAAAACACAACUUUGUUCACAAAUUCUAUAAUGAUAGCUAAUCCUUUGCAUAAUGAUUAAAAAUCUUAAGAGGAAAAAUGAAAACAAAAAAGUAGUUAGGUUUUUAAAAGGCCAAAGUCUUGCAUCCAAGAAUACUACAUCCAUCUUUUAAACUCGUAAUGGAAUCGCGGGACCUUGUGAUGUCAGCUCCCUUCAGAAUGUUUACUGCCUAGACAAUCUGGCUAGCUUCUUGGGAGCAUCUGUGUGACCGCCAUACCUCGUGGUAGUCAGAACAUGGAGAGCUACUCACUUCUCACCAUUUCUAGACCGCGAAUCUCUUCCUCUGCCCUGAGUGCUUUUCCUGAUAUCCUGUCCUCACUUGCCACCAGCUUGCCAGGUAAAUGCUGCAGUCACUAGGACCAUAAAGAUGUGGGAUUCCCUUCAUUAAACUCAUUGGAGUUUUGUUUGAAAAACAUGAUCCUGUCAGAUCAUGCUAUAGGAUCACGAUUGGUUGAGAAAGCCAAGUAAUGUCGGGGGAGAAUGUAAGUUUUCAAAAGACUGCAUUCCUGGUAAAUCUUGCUGAUUCAUAAUCUCUGGCAAGGGACAGACGGCAAAAGCAUUUGUGGCCAUAUUUCUUUCCCUUAGAGGCAGCUUCUAUACAAAAUCUCAAGUGGGUGAUUUGCCCAUAUAGAGAGCAGGCCCUCCCAUUAACUUGGUCUUAAAUUGGAGAAAAAAACACAUUAGUUAGUGGCAAAUAGUAGGCUAACUGAUGAGCGCAGGGAGGAACAAAGGGAGACACGUGAGAACUUGUCAACUGAAGUGUGAUCCUGGCUCUUCAGUGUGAGUAUCUUGGAAGCCAAGAAAGGCAGCUUCCCAGGCCUCCAUCCCAGAUGCAAUGAUUCAGAACAAGAUUCUCUAGGGCUUCCUAUGCCCGCCGGAAUUGAGCUGUACUGCUGUGGGAGUUCUCCUAAACAUCCCUUUGCCUCUACAGAGAAAAGUUUAAACUCUGUCUCCUCAAAGCUCAGCCAUUGCCACGGGUUCAAGGCAGAGCCACCUAGUGGAGGUCAAACCUGGAGCCUCAUGCACACUUGGCAAGCGUUCUCCCACUGAGCUAAUCCCCAACCCUAGAUGACUGUAAACUUUUCUUACGUGAACUCGUCAUUUGAGAUUUAGUAGCAACUUCAGCGAACAAAAUGCAACAAGGGCCCCUACACACCCUCUGAGAAAUGCUUCAGUUGGAGAAUGUGGCUUGCUUCUCAUUUUCACAGGGACCGUGCAACUUGCCUGUGUGGGCUGUGACCAGAGCGUCCAUCCUGGAACCUGUGUUCCAGAGUUUUGUGGUUAGGCUACAUGAGAUAAGCAGGAACAUUAGGUGAGGCGUGGGCCAAGGAGAAAAGGUGCCAUCUGAGACAAGUCCAGUGAUAAAGUUUGAAACCAAGGCUGUCAUCAUGUUAGACAUGAUGUUGCCGGCCUGGCCAAAUCUUAUAUUCUGGUUUCCAAAGUAUGUUUCUUAGGUCUGAAGAAACGUCCCUAUCUUUGACUUCCUGGGACACCACCUAGAACAGGUCAGCUUGUCUGAGUUCAGAGAUUACUGCUUUGCAUUAGUUUUCAAAUCCCCAAACACAGAGAAGGUGAGCCUCUAAAGUAUAUCUUGGAAGUUCCCCCCAAAAGGACUGUCAAUCUUGCUCAGUUCACCACUGUUUCUUCUGCAAAGACAGAGGUACCCACUGAGGCGUCUAGCCCAGCUCAGGCCCUGUCACCACAGUACCAAAGCAAUGUUCUCUGGCAUGGGAUGCGCGGUCUCUCCAGGUGAGGCCUUCUGCAGUUCAGGACAGGGCCAUGUGGGAAGCUACAAAGGGACGGGAGCAGAACCCCAAAGGGAAGGGUGUCUGCAAAUCCACUCACCAUGUGCUCCCCGCCCCCGCACCUCCUUUAGAAGAGGCCCAUAGGCCCAUGAAGGCUUCUUACGUCCCCGGUCCUCUCUGCCAAGCUCAUGUGGAGAGCCAGUUUCUGUCUGAGCAGUCUAUGGAUUAGAUUGGGUACCGAGACUGGAAAAGUUGGUGGCAAACCAUUGGUGGCAGAAAGAUUCUAAGAUGUCACAUGUUUGUCUACCUGUCCUUGCCUAUCCUUAGAGGUCAGAAGUCAAGUGGUGUCUACACAGGGCAGGGUCUGUCUCCAGCCCAGACACCCAGUGGCUAUUUUCCCUAGCAGGAAAAGAAUGCAGCAGGAAUGGAUUCUUGGGCUGUUCUUCCCAUCCCCUCACCACCUGAGGUCUCUCAGCCAUCAUCAAGGUGGAGCACAGGUCUCCUGAGGUUGUGGCUGCCUGUCUGUCUGCUUUCUCUGACUGCCUCCAGACACUUCAAUCUUCCCUCAGCCCCAAACUCAGACCCUGCCCUUUCCUUUGCAGACUUGAGGGACAGCCAGAAUGGGGAGCAGCUGAGGCGAAACUGCACCAUCUACCGGCCCUGGUUUUCUCCUUACAGCUACUUCGUAUGCACAGAUAAAGAGAGCCACUUGGAGGCCUAUGGGUUCCCAGAGGUGGACUGGGAAGAGGGCAGAGGGGACACCUGCUUUAUUGAGGAUGUGACUGAGAGUGUCUGCUCAUCUUCCUCCUCCCAAGAGAAGACAUUCCCCAGGGAGGCCAACAGGAAAUCCAUGCGUGGGUUGGAGUCUAUUACAUCCCAGGAUAUCCUAAUGGCUUCCAAGUGGCACCCGGCCCAACAGAAUGGCUACAAGUGUGCAGCCUGCUGCCGCAUGUACCCCACUUUGCACUCCCUCAAGAGCCACAUCAAGGGGGGCUUCAAGGAGGGUUUCAGCUGCAAGGUGUACUACCGCAAGCUUAAAGCUUUCUGGGGCAAGGAGCAGAAGGCCCGGCCAGGAGACAGGCUCUCCUUGGGUAGUUGCUAGGCCUUCCAGUAGUCUGCUGACACCUUCAGUAAAUAGGGAUAAAGCCUACUUGUGCCUCUGGAGAGGUAACAAUAAAUUGAUGUUAGUCAUAAA